AUGGCCACCCUCGUUCCCGUCCCUUUUGCUGAUCUCGGCAAGUCCGCCAAUGACCUUCUCGGAAAGGAUUUCCCCGUUGGACAAACCAAGCUUGAGCUCAAGACCAUCGCCCCCAACGGUGUUACCUUUAACGUUCUCGGCAACCAAGACAACAAGUCUGGCCACAUUAAUGGUGAGCUCAAGACUAAGUAUGUUGACUACAAGAAUGGUUUGACUGUGACUGAGUCCUGGACCACCAGCAACCUUCUCACCACCCAGAUCGAGCUUGAGAACAAGGUCGCCAAGGGUUUGAAGCUCGACAUCACUGGUGGCUUCCUUCCCUCUGAAGGCAAGAAGAGUGCUAAGGUUGGUGUCCAAUAUAAGCAGCUCGGUUUCAACACCCGUGCCUACCUCGAUCUUUUCAAGGGCCCCACUUUCACUGGUGAUGCUGUCGUUGCCCGUGAUGGCUUCCUUGUUGGAGGUGAUGUCUCCUACGACGUCGGCGGUUCCUACAUCACCCGCUUCGCCGCCGCUGCUGGUUACACCGCCCCUGAGUACUCUGUCGCUCUCCAUGCCCACAAUUCGUUUAAGGUCUUCUCGGCUUCGUACUACCACCGCAUCAACGCUGAUCUCGAGGCUGGUGCCAAGGCUACUUGGGACUCCAAGGUUGCUCCCGCUGCCGAGAAAGCCCACAACCACAAGGCACCCGUUGCCCUCGAGGUUGGUGCCAAGUACUACCUCGAUCGCGAUGCUUUUGUCAAGGCCAAGGUCAAUAACGCUGGUGUUCUCGGUCUCGGAUAUACUCAGGCUCUCCGUAAGGGUGUCAAGGUCUCUGUUGCUGGGCUCUUUGAUACCACCAAGUUGGACCAGGGCGCCCACAAGAUUGGCCUUUCUUUUGUCUUUGAGGCAUAA